UCUAACAAGGUGAGGAUCAAUCAAAUUUCCCGCCUUUCGGAAGAUGGACGAUGAUUGGUCGGCGCGUUCAACUCUCCUCCAAUCACCUCUCGCGCUCCAUCCGUAGUCGACUCACUUCACUUCGCUGCGCAGCAGAGAGGGGUGGCAAAAAGGAAGAACGGACCAGAAGAGGAAAAGGAUUCGAGGAGUGCAGUACUAGCAUCCGGUGGACGAAACAUUUGAUAAAAAGACAGGAAAGAGGGAACAUUGAUUCCCUCAUCAUCUAAUUCUUGAACAUUCAGCUAAGAGUUUAAAGAGGGUGAGGUUGUACCUGGAACAUUGCUUAUUUUUUUUACUUCACCGCCAGAGAGCAAAGACGUCGUUCUACAUAGCUUUUUCGAAGAAUUAUUGAAAAAGAUAUACAAAAAAUGGAAGAAGAUAAGAAGCAAGUCCGUUCUAAAGGACGUGGCAGUCUUUUAUUACAACUGAUGAAGGAGUCAAAGAAACAUCACUCCUUAGAAACACCUAGUGAUUCGUCUAUGGAACCGACCAGAUCAUUCGAGACACCUCAGAGCUCGUUCACUUCAAGUGCUAGUGCUAGUGCAAGUGCAAGUGCAGGUGCAGGUGCAGGUCGUGGACGUGGUCAAUUAACUAGUUUGUUAAGAUCAAUGAAUAUAAGCAGUAGCGAUUCAGAUUCCAAAGGCCCUAUGCAACCCCAAGUAGCAGGACGAGGCACUUUCCUAGGAUUGAGAGAAAAACCAGAGUUUGCUCAACCAGUUGCACGAACAUCUACUUCAAGAGAAUAUUCUGCAAGAAUUUUAGAAAAAUUGUCUGAUAUUUCUGUAUAUGACAAUCCGUUCACAACCGACGUGCCUUCUGAAAACAUUCCGGUAAAAUGUCGACAAGGAAAAAGUGGGGCAAGAAUAGAAAUACUUGCCAAUUAUAUAGACCUGAAAAUAGAGUCUGGAAAAGGUCUGUUCACCUAUGAUGUAAAAUAUAAUCCAGAGAUAGAUUCGAUAGGAUUACGCCGUAAAUUACUGGCUCAACAUACUACUGUAAUAGGACGAACAAGAACAUUUAAUGGGAUGACACUCAGUUUACCAAUAAAACUGCCACAAAACGUCACAACCUUUUAUUCGGAACAUCCAAUGGAUGGAUCGCGAAUAACUAUCACAAUAAGUUUUAAAAAGGAGGAAUCAAUGAGUGAAAAUGUACAUUUUUUUAACAUUUUGUUCAAUCGUAUCAUGCGUCAACUUAGUUUAGUUCGGAUUGGACGGCAAAAUUUCAAUCCGAAUAGUGCGCAAAAACUGAAUCAACAUCGAUUGGAAGUGUGGCCUGGUUAUGUAACUGCCAUAAACGAAUACGAUGGUGGUUUAAAGCUGUGUUUGGAUUCUAAGCAUCGAGUAAUGCGGACGGAAACUGUGCGCGAUAUAAUAACUGAUAUUUUUAAUAAAAAUGACCGCAACGCCAGAGAUAUGGUAGUAAACGAGGUUAUUGGUACAAGCGUAUUAACGCGAUACAAUAAUAAGACAUAUCGUAUAGAUGAUAUUGAUUGGGAUAAAAAUCCAAGAUACGUAUUCUCCAGAGGUGACGGGGAGGAGAUAUCUUUGAUCGAAUAUUACAAAAAACAUUGGAGUAUAGAAAUCAUGGACUUGGACCAACCGCUUUUAGUGCAUCGUUCUACAUUUAGAACACACACUGGCGAGAAGCAAGAAAAAACGAUUCUCCUGGUGCCGGAAUUGAGCUAUGCCGCGGGUCUCACAGAUAGUAUCCGCUGCAACCACCAUAUAAUGAAAGAUUUGAGCACAAUCACGAAAUCAUCGCCUAAUCAUCGUAGGAGUGUGAUUAAACGAUUUAUAGAGGAGGUAGAGAAAACUCAAGUUACCCGGGAAUUGUUGGCGGAAUGGGGUCUGAGCUUAAACAAUGACAUUGCUGAAUUUAGUGCGAGACUUCUCGAUCCUGAAAAGAUAUACUUUGGAAAAAACCAGACGUAUCAACUGACAUCCGAAAAGCCCGGAGAUUGGGGUACCCCUGCAGUGAAAAAUCCCGUGUUACGUACCCCCAAUUUGACCAAGUGGGAUAUUAUAUAUUUCACAAGGGACGAGAUUUGUGUAAACGAUUUCAUAGAGACACUGAAAAAAGUUGCGGGAGCGGUUCAUAUGCACAUCGCACAUCCGCGAUUGGCGAAGAUUAAUGAUCAAAGAACCGAGAGUUAUCUGCGAGAAAUUAACAAAAGCCUCAACAAUUCUAUCCAAUUAGUGGUUAUUGUUUUUUCAACCAAUCGCACUGAUAGAUACUCUGCUGUCAAAAAAUUAUGUUGCGUGCAACAAGCCAUACCGUCUCAAGUUAUCAUAUCGAAAACUAUCAACAAACCUAACAAAUUGAAAAGUGUCACAGAAAAGAUUGCGCUGCAAAUGAAUUGCAAAUUGGGAGGUGCACUUUGGACCUUACAUCUGCCGAUGAAACAUUGUAUGGUGUGUGGUAUAGACGUCUAUCACGCUGGCGUAGGAGGAGGUGCAAAGAAGAGUGUUGCAGGAUUUGUCGCGAGUUUGGAUUCUCAAUUAACCACAUGGCACAGUAGAGUCUGUAUGCAGGCUUCGAAACAAGAGUUGGUGGAUAUGCUCCAGGUGUGCCUUGCCUCGGCUAUCGCUGCUUAUCAUAAGCAUAAUAACUGUAAUCCAGAUCGUAUAAUUAUAUAUCGUGAUGGAGUCGGCGACGGUGAUCUGGAUUACGUAGAAAAAUACGAAGUGAAGCAAUUGAUGAUGACUUUCAACCGCAUCGCGCCGAAUUACAAACCGCAACUCAGUGUAGUAAUUGUUCAGAAACGUAUCAAUACACGACUAUUCAUCAGAGACAGAGGCAAUCGAAACUUGGAGAACCCCGCUGCUGGCACUGUUGUUGACUCUUUCAUAACAAGACGAAAUUAUUGCGAUUUCUUCCUCGUGCCGCAGAGUGUGCGACAGGGUACGGUGACACCCACUCACUAUAUUAUUUUACACGAUACGACCAACAUGGAGGUCGACCACAUGCAACGACUCACGUACAAACUCUGUCAUUUGUAUUACAAUUGGCCCGGUACGAUUCGCGUACCGGCUCCCUGUCAAUACGCUCAUAAGCUCGUGUACCUGGUCGGUCAAAAUAUUCAAGCCGAACCACACCGUGAUCUCUCGAACCGCUUAUUCUAUCUGUAACUUUUUCUCGCCUACGUGCAAUUUGUUUUUAUUUCUUCAUCCACACGCGUUUUUCCUCUUUUAUGUUCCUUCUUAAAUCUAGUACAAAUACACACACACACACAUAUAUAUAUAUAUAUAUAU